UUUAACCUUCUUAAAAGAAGUAGAAGUUAAACAAGUUACUAGACCAAGCUCAGAAGUGGAAACGUGGAUGGUAACUUUGCUACUUCCGUGUUGUUGCAGUGCUCUAAUGAUUCGGGAUUGCGGGAACUGCUGUAUUGUACUUCUUAGGUCAUCAGCACCGCCAUUAUGUAUAUGUCUCGUGGCCGGUCUGCAGUUGGCAUUGGAACAACGUUUUCCUUUGAUUUCUAUGUGUUAUGAUGCAUGCAUGUAUUUUCCAUUGAUCAUUAUAAAAAAGAAGUCCAGAAGACUAUCGGUUUCAAUAACGUACACAUUAUUGCUAUACGUUAAGAUCUCUUUUGAGAUAAGCGUGUGUAUACGAAUUCGGAACUGAUGGACAACCGAUUUCCUUUCGUAUUUUUCAUUUGCAGAAAUCGGAAAUUUAGGUGCUCAAAAUCACAAUUUUUGUUAGUUUGUCUGCUUCAGGUGUGACGUCAUUCAGGUAAUUUGCCGUUAUAGUCUUUUGCUCAAUUUUGUAUGAGCAGAAAACGUUGGUUGACUUUGAAACUAUCGUGCACAGGGGUAAGAUUACGUUCUUUGCUGAUGGACACACACAAUUUUUGUUAAAUAUCGCUUUGGACUCACUAUAUAACUUUACGAGGUAUAACUCACAGUCGCAGGCUGUCGUCCCAAAACACGCUAUUUAUGUGUUUUGCAAAUUAAACUGCAAUGAGGUGAAAAGGCCCACUGGAUCACACCAGGAAGUUUGUCACAACUUGUUGAACCGUGCAGUUCAACAACGGCGACAACAACUUUGAUCACUUAUAUAAGUCAGUUUCACUGCACACGAACACGGAAACAAGUUUUGGUACCAUCAUGGGGCAGACGAUACCCACAACCCUGUACUUCGUUUUCUUCGCCAUCUUGACAGGGGGAUCAUGGACAAGCUGGCAUGUUGCAUCAGCUGCCACUACACAGGGGACGACAACGGAUUCUGCUACUACACAGUGGGUGACAACGGACUCUGCCACUACACAGGGGGCGACAACAGACCCUGCUACUACUACACAGGGGACGACAACGGAUCCUGUGACAACAGAAGUGGCGACAGCGAGUCAAACAACACAUGAUGCGACAACGGUUCCUGCGACAACAGACGAUGCGACAACUGGUUAUGUGACCACUCAUGAGACAACACCCAAUACUCAACUUGAGACAACAUCGGAUUCCGUGACUAAUCAUGAAACUACAUCCGUGACUCAUGAGACAGCAUCUGUGACCCCAAAGGUGACAACACCCGUGACUUUGGCAACAACCUCCACACCACCAGCUUUGGCGACCAUCAUUCUAGGAGUCAUUUUAGCACUAAUGUUUCUCAUCGUGAUUAUCGCAAUGGUACUUCUUUGGCACAGGGGAACUCUGCCGUCGUGGAUGACCAGAUCAAGAUCGAGGAGUCCAUCUGAUGUCGAGAUGCAAAAGACAGCCCCUGGCUCGCGGUCACCUGCUUCAACACCACUGGUUCAAAGUGGAGAGGACUCCGAAUACGCCGAGGUAAAUCCGAUUGAUCUCAAAACUGCUGCACAAGACGAUGACAUACACGUCUAUAGUAAUAUCGAAGUUAACCAGCAGAACCCGAGAGGUGUUCAACGGUACGUACCCCACAAGAAGGGACCAACCCCAGGGGUGUCGAACCAGCCUCCCGGGGGAAGCGAUCACACAGAUCCAUCUGAUGUCGAGAUGCAAAAGCAAGCCCCUGGCUCGCGGUCACCUGCUUCAACACCACUGGUUCAAAGUGGAGAGGACUCCGAAUACGCCGAGGUAAAUCCGAUUGAUCUCAAAACUGCUGCACAAGACGAUGACAUACACGUCUAUAGUAAUAUCGAAGUUAACCAGCAGAACCCGAGAGGUGUUCAACGGUACGUACCCCACAAGAAGGGACCAACCCCAGGGGUGUCGAACCAGCCUCCCGGGGGAAGCGACCACAAAGAUCCAUCUGAUGUCGAGAUGCAAACUUCAGCCCCUGACUCGCAGCUACCAGCUUCAAAUACCAGCGUCUAUAGCAAUAUCGAAGUCAACCAACAGCAACAAGGAGGUGUUCCACGGUCCGUAGCACAUAAGAAGAGACCAUCCCCACGGGUGCCCAGCCAGCCCGCCGCGGGAAGCGAUCGCAAACCACCGAAGCUGCCGACUAAAAGAACCGUGCAGCAAGACUUAGACCUGUACGUGAUUCCAGACGUAAAAAUUGGCUAGCACUUCGCAGCACUGCUAACGAGGAGGAUGCUACAGAUCACUUCUAAAGAAAGUUAAUUAUACCUUUGUCUUAAUCCUUAAAGGCACUGGACACUUCUGGCAAUUACUCAAACUAAUGUUAGCAACAACUUACUUGGUAAUGAGCAA